ACCCCUAGACCUAUUGCACCAAGAGGUCCCCCUCAAUUAAAUUGCCCUAAAAGAGUAGAACAGUCCUUCACUCCUUCAUAAGUUCACGGGUUACGUGCCUACGUCUUUAAUUUAAAAACUUCCAAUACAAGAAUCUUUGCUUUUCAGUUCUUCCUCCUAUUUUUCAACAUUCACCCGCCAUUUCAAAACCCUAACCUCUAUCCACCAUUAACGUUCAUUCAUCCUUCUUCAAUUCUCCCAAUUUUUCCAGAAAUCUCAAUUCACCUUCAUAAUUAUCAGAAAAAUACUCUUUCAUCUCCAACAAUUCCUCUUUUUCUUCAUCCGAAAAUCUGUACAACAUUAUCAAAAUUCAAAUCAAAUCAAAUCAAAGCGUCGAAAAAAUGCCGAUUAAUCUGACGAAAAAUUCUCUUUCAGCAAUAAUGGAUGGCGAUAUCAACUCCAAACCACUGGUUCAGGUGUUGGACAUCAAGCUCAUUAAUUCUAACCAGGAACGGUACCGUAUUCUCUUAUCCGACGCCGUUUCGACUCAGCAGGCGAUGAUUGCGACUCAGCUUAACGGCCGUGUUAAGUCUGGUGAAGUUCGUAAAGGUUCCGUCAUUCAAUUGAUUGAGUACAUUUGUAGCGCCGUCCAAAAUCGCAAGAUUAUUGUCGUAUUGAACAUGGAAACUAUUAUUCCUGAUUGUGGUAUAAUAGGGAACCCAGUGAUGCCCUCUGGAGCUGAUUCUUCUGUUGGAAAUGCAUUGCCUAAUAAUAAUGUUGCUAAUCCUGUCAGAGGAAGCAAUACAAACGUGGCCACACUAAGUAACAAUAACAAUGCACAAAACUUCCGACCGACUAUUCAGCCUGCAUACCAGCCACCCCCUAAUUAUAAAAAUCAUGGCCCUGUUGUGAAGAAUGAGGCACCAGCACGUAUACUACCAAUUGCUGCAUUAAAUCCUUAUCAAGGGCGUUGGGCUAUUAAAGCAAGAGUCACAGCUAAAGGAGAUCUUCGCCGUUAUAACAAUGCUAAAGGUGAUGGGAAGGUGUUUUCCUUUGAUCUCCUUGAUUCAGACGGGAGUGAGAUUCGUGUUACAUGCUUUAAUGCAGUUGUUGACCGCUUUUAUGAUGUUAUUGAGGUUGGGAAGGUUUAUAUGAUCUCAAAGGGUACCUUAAAACCUGCACAAAAGAACUUCAAUCAUCUGAAGAAUGAGUGGGAGAUUUUUCUGGAAGCAACUUCUACUGUUGAUCUUUGCCCAGAUGAAGAUGUUUCCAUACCCAAACAACAGUUUAACUUCCGACCUAUUAGCGAAAUUGAGGGUGCAGAAAACAAUUCCAUUUUAGACAUUAUUGGUGUUGUGAUAUCUGUUAAUCCUUCAGUCCCCAUUAUGAGGAAGAAUGGGAUGGAAACACAGAGAAGAAAUUUAAAUUUGAAAGACAUGUCAGGCAGAAGCGUUGAGCUAACCCUAUGGGGAGACUUCUGCAACCGAGAAGGUCAGGAGCUGCAAGAAUUGGUUGAUUCUGGGUACUUUCCCGUCUUAGCUGUGAAGGCUGCAAAGGUCAAUGACUUCAGCGGAAAAUCUGUUGGUACAAUUUCUUCAACCCAGCUUUUUAUUAACCCCGAUAUUCCUGAAGCUCAGCGUUUGAAUGAGUGGUUUCAUCGAGGGGGAAAGGAUUGUGCUGCCCACUCUAUCUCUAGAGAUGUUAUGCCUCUUGGAGGAAAGAAUGAGGUUCGCAAAACCAUUUUACAGAUCAAGGAUGAGGGUCUUGGAAGGUCAGAAAAGCCGGACUGGGUUACAGUUAAGGCAACAUUAUCAUUUAUAAAAACAGAUAACUUUUGUUACACAGCCUGUCCAUUGAUGAUUGGUGAUAGACAGUGCAGUAAGAAAGUCACAAAGUCGGGAAACACAAGAUGGGUAUGUGAUCGAUGCAAUCAAGAAUUUGAGGAGUGUGAUUAUCGCUAUUUGCUACAAGCACAAAUACAGGAUCAUUCAGGCGUGACCUGGGUAACUGCUUUUCAAGAAGCAGGGGAAGAAAUCUUAGGCUGCUCUGCUAAAGAGCUGUACACUUUAAAAUCCGAAGAGCAAGAUGAAAUGUUUGCUGAGGCUAUUCGCAGUAAGAUCUUUGUUCCAUUCCUUUUCAAGCUUAAGAUAAAAGAGGAAACUUUUGGUGAAGAGCAGAGAGUAAAAACAACAGUAAUUAGAGCUGAUAGAGUGGACUUUGCAGCUGAAAGCAGGUUUUUGAUUGAUAUGAUCAUGAAGCAACGCAGACGAUGAAUAUCAAGUUGUUAAGAGUUCUGAAUUUAAUCUCUAGUGAAAAGUGAGACAAUUUGCAACUGCUGAUUCGAUUCUGUUAGGUAUUUUGUAGAUGUUAUAUAAGCGGAUUAAACUUGCCAGCAUCUAGUUGUAAGAAACAGGUGCACUAGUGUAAUAGAGAAGAUCUACUUUAAAUUUGUGUUGGUUAAUUGUGGAUAUAGCGAGAAUAUGACUACAGACAUUUAUAUGUAUGCUUGUAGAUGUUUGGUACAUCUUUUUUCCCCCUGUACCCUCUCUUUACUCAUUUAUCAAAGCAAAAAUGAAUUGGAUCA